CAGAAUACUCAGCGAACUUGACUACACAGAAGUUGGUGUGCGGGCUCUGGCACGCUGUGGAAUGACAGGCAGCAGCACGUUGCGUGUUGCAUCUAUGGAUUCUAAGCUCUGGAAGCCACACUACGAACAUCGCUACACACACGCGGAAGCUGCAAAAGAGAACGAUAGACGUAAUAUAUUUGGAGAGGACUGGAGGAAGCUGUACCAUUCACGUCGGCGACUAGACCAUGAAGCUCUCAAGAACCUGCGAAUCAUCGAAGCUGUUUCGCCUGAGGCGCGGAUUGAGCCUGCAAGGCGAAUAGCACACCUUGGACUCGAUAUCUGGGAUGUCUUAUCCGACGAAGCAAGCCGACCAUCUCCUCCCCUCUUUCAGACAGAAGACGAUAUUGAGAAGGUGAAGAAUGGUUCUCCACUCACCAAUUUAACAAGGAAGUAUUGGGCGGCCGAGCUUAAAAAGAUCAUCGCUAGACGGACUGCUAUAGACAGUUGGACUAGUCUGAGCCAGUCUCGCGCGGAUGAGGAAAUAAAUCCUCUUCCGUUCGAGGAAGCAUUCGCGACGCUGUCUUGUUUCCACGGCGUCCUUCCAGACGAAAUUAUGAACCUUGUCAAUAGAGAAAUAGACGGAUGCAAAAGAUACCUUGAAACAGAGAAUAUAUGCUGCGAUCCGGGAGCUGAAGAAUUUGUUACGUCACGGUUAUGCACGACUGUGUGUGAAUACAUGCGCGCCCAAGGCUUUGACAAGACCGAAGCUAAUCGGUUUUACGACGUCCGCAAUAGUCUACCACACCUUUUCCUGACAUCCUUCCGUCACUGCUUGCCGAUAUCGUUGGUCUUUAUCUUUGUCGCUAUCGUGAAAAGUCUUGGGGUGAAAGCUUCGGCCCUGAACACCCCUAACGUCGUGAUAGCACUCGUCCAUGAUAGACUUGUGGACGUAUGCGGGCAAGCCUUCGCAGAGUCCAUUGCUACAAGAUCAUAUCAAGACGUCGAGCAAAUAUUCUCAGAGCAUUUUCAAAGGACUAUUACAAGCCAACUACUUUCGCGUGUCGCACGCAAUAUCGAGGUAGCAGCGGACCAGGAACUCCUUAGGGAGGUGAAUGAUAGACACGACCUCUAUCAAGAUGACAACUUCUACACAUUGCUUCAAGCGCGUUACAUGGCGCAUUGUCUAACAGCGCUAACACAGCCCAUGCCGGAUAAAGCAAAUGAACAACGCAUCUUUUCAAUAAUCGCAUCAAAGUUCUUCCCUCUAGAUAUGGACCUCGUUGUACUUGAUAAAGUUUUGACUCACUGGGACCGUCCCAGUCGCCUGGUAAUCAUGCAGUUUGGUGGCGAGUACUUUCUGGAAGACGAUGACAACCGAAACCUCUAUAAACUUGAAUCGCGCGGCGUACUGCGGAAUCUGUUUUCCGCUGAUUUGUUUGUCGGACAAAUCGUUUCUGCUAGAAACUUCACCCUGCGCGCAGUAAUCGGAUGGAAGACAACUGAUGAAGGGAUAGUUUGCUCGACCAUCUCAUAUUACCACAACUACGUCAAGGAUUACCCCAUAGACCUAAUGACGCCCACAAUAUGCACUGUCCAAGAUCUCCGAACAUUCCUUCGCAACCCGAUUCUCGGACAGUAUUUCGAGGAUGCGGAAUUUUGCGCGUUGAAUUUGAGUACGGGGAGGGGACGGGGACGAUUCAUUAUGAAUAAGUACCUGAGGAAUCUGUAUCCGGAGGACGAGGAGAUUGGGGCACGAUGGAUUAGAAGUGGCUGACCCACGGUGGUGUGCGGUAGCAUGAGACGAUCUAGUGAUGAAUUGAUGAAUUUAUGUAGUUUCUUGUAUUUUU